AGUCAACCGCAUUGAAUCUCUCCUCCAAGUAUCAUUAUCCCAAUAAUUCAUAUUUUCACUUUGCUCAUACCAAAAAAAUCUCAUUGGCGUACUUGCAUCUGCGCGUAAAAACCCUAAAUUUUCCCAAAUUUCCAAUCUCGCGUUCUAGGGUUCCUUUGCUCCUAUGGCGGAUUCUCCUCGUAAAAGGAAUUCUAAGUCCCCCUCCCCAUGGAGAGAGCAGUCCAGGUCACGAUCCAGAUCUAGAUCCAGGUCUAGAUCUAGGUCGAGAUCCCGCUCCUGGUCAAGGCCAAGGCAUGGGUCCAGGUCACAUAGUCGGGGCAGGUCAAGGUCAAGAAGUCGUGGCAGGGCUGAUACUGGAAAUCCUGGAAACACACUUUACGUGACUGGUCUAUCUCAAAGGGUCUCAGAGAGGGACCUUGAAGAACACUUCUCAAAGGAGGGAAAGGUUGCAUCAUGUUUUCUUGUUGUGGAACCUCGUACUCGCAUAUCUCGUGGUUUUGCUUUUGUUACUAUGGACUGUGUUGAGGAUGCCAACCGUUGCAUUAAGUAUCUCAACCAAUCAGUUUUAGAGGGUCGAUACAUAACUGUGGAGAGGUCACGUAGGAAACGGGCAAGAACUCCAACUCCGGGGCACUAUCUUGGGCUGAAAAAUACCAGGGACUAUGGUCGUGGUGACCGUGGCAGGUACCGCAGUGGUCGUAAUGACUAUGGAUAUCGUCGAUCUCCAAGACGCUCGCCAUAUAGAGGUCGCGAUUAUUCUCCAAGAUAUUCUCCUCAUGGUGGAAGAUCAAGGAGGGAGCGUUCUUAUUCACCUUAUUCACAUUGGGGACCGAAGCUACCUCGUGCGGAGUGGCAAGAAAUGAGGAUCGGUUCAAAAGCACGACGUCGUUUCGUCGUGAAAUGUAAACGGAUUGGGGAGCGACAGGACGAGGAUCGGAGCGAGGAAGAAGAAGAAGAAGAAGAAGAAGAAGAAGAAGAAGAAGCAGCAGCAUUUGAUAGAUGCGAGAAAGUCCAGAAAGCGGAGACCGUACGGGCACAAAGUUGA